AUGCGGGUGUGGUACAUGGACGGCUACUACAAGGGUCGGCGCGUCUUGGAGUUUCGGACCUUGAACGACUUCGUGACGGGGCAGAACUUCGUGCAACAUCUCCUGCCUCAUCCCUGGGCUGGCACCGGCCACGUUGUCUUCAACGGGUCCCUCUACUACAACAAAUAUCAGAGUAACAUCGCCGUGAAGUACCAUUUUCGCUCUCGCAGCGUGUUGGUUCAACGCAGCUUGGCCGGCGCCGGCUACAACAACACCUUCCCUUAUUCUUGGGGUGGUUUCUCCGACAUCGACUUCAUGGUGGACGAGAACGGGCUGUGGGCCGUCUACACCACCAACCAAAACGCCGGCAACAUCGUGGUGAGCCGGGUGGACCCCCAAACCUUGGAGGUCCUGAGGAGCUGGGACACGGGGUACCCCAAACGUAGCGCCGGGGAGUCCUUCAUGAUCUGCGGCACCCUCUACGUCACCAACUCCCACCUGGCCGGGGCCAAGAUCUAUUUUGCCUACUACACAAACACUUCCAGCUACGAAUACACGGAUAUUCCCUUCCACAACCAGUAUUCCCAUAUAUCCAUGCUGGACUACAACCCACGGGAGAGGGUGCUCUACACCUGGAACAACGGCCACCAGGUCAUCUACAACGUCACGCUCUUCCACGUCAUAAAGACCUCGGGUGAGCUGUGACACCCCCUCUCCCACCCCACGCUGGACUCCUCUGCUCUUCCCCCUGCCCAGCUCUUUAUUUUUCUACACUUCAGCCUCGGUCAUUCUCUCUAGGGGAUGGAGCCUUCCUCCUCCUCCUUCUCCUCCUUCUCUUUGAUUUUUUUUAAUUAUUUUUUUACAUUUCUUUGGUUUCCUCUCGCGGUUCGUGGCGCAUGGAUCUCUUCUGCCUUUUCUGCCUUCAUUUGAGCUGACCUA